GCCCAUCUCUGGUCGUGGACCAGCACAUCAGCAGCAUGGAGGAAAAACAGCCCCACGCGCCUCAGCAACAGUAACGUCGUCUGGUGUGCGCGGGCACGGGCACGGAACCACUGAGAGACUGAGGGAGCGCGCACCUCAACGCCAGCUGUCCACUGAGGGGGGACCCUUGCCGCCCCUCCCCAAAAGACAUGUCAAAAAACGCCGAAUUUUGAAUCUUUUGUUUUUCAGCAGUUGAGAACCUACAGAUACAUUCACUCACUUCGAUAUUACAGCACAGCUCCAGCAUCACCUUUACACCGCGUGAGCCCAUCGACCACCAGCAGCACAGCAACGCCCAUAGCAACGCCUCCUCUGCGCAUCCUCCUUCUGUUUCUCUGACCCAGCAACACCGGCCGCCCUCCACCAACAACCAACCUGUUUUCCUAACGUUGGAACCAUAUCAAACCGUUGCGCUUUCUUUUUAUCGCAAAGGACCAUGAACGCGCUGUGUGCAUUCAUUCUUUCUUCAGUCAAAGUCACUCAUCAUUCCGAAAGCCCUUCCUCGAGCUGAAACUGAGGGAUUCUUUUCCCUUGAACUCACCUGUAAGUUCUGGCCUAUCAAGGAACUGGCAGCGGCACGGGAGCUCCGCCCACCACACCCUCGAAAUGAGGGACAAGGCCACUCAGACCCCUAGGGCCUGGGUAGAUGAGCGGAGGAGAGGCUCUCAUAAGCGAUCGGCUUCUUGCGGCAGCACUGACCAGCUGAAAGAGAUCGCAAAAUUGCGACAACAGCUCCAACGUAGCAAACGCAGCAGCCGCCAUCGCCGGGACAAAGACCGCAAGUCACCCUUUAAUGGCAACCAUGCUAUCAUCCAGUCACAGUCUCAGAUGCCUAAAACCAUCCUGAUUCCCAUCCCCAUCUCUAAGUCCACUCCUCCAAGAUUUCGGAACAGCAUAGAGGGGCUCAACCAGGAGAUUGAACGCAUCAUCAUACGGGACACUGUGGAACGAGAUGAGAUCAUAAUACCACAGGAUGUUCCUGAUGGGCACCGCGCACCCCCUCCCCUCCCCCAGCGCAGCAGCAGCACACGCAGUAUUGACACACAGACGCCCUCGAACGGCGGGCUUGGCAGUAACCGUAGCAACAGCAGCAGCCGAGCUGACUCUGUCUCCCCCUCGUACCUCAGCAUCCUCAACGACACGGUCGGAAACAGCCCACUCGAUGACACGCUUAAUGAGAGCAAAGAAAGAGACCUGGGACCUUGGUCCCCUCUGCCCAAAUAUGCUUCAUCUCCAAAGCCCAACAACAGCUAUAUGUUCAAACGCGAGCCUCCGGAGGGCUGCGAGAAAGUUAAAGCUUUUGAAGAAAACCAGCCAAGGCCUCUCCAAGAAAUUCCUCCAUAUCUCUGCCCAGACAGAAACAAGGUGAACUUCAUUCCCAAAAGCGGAUCUGCUUUCUGCCUGGUGAGCAUCUUGAAGCCUCUGCUGCCCACCCAGGAGCUGAACUUCCGUAGCGGGGUGGGAUACCGCAGUAUCUCCCCCUCCUUGGUGCCGCUGGGUGGGGUCGGGGUUAGGAGCCUGUCCCCCUCCGUGGGUCCCGUCCUGUCACGUGGACGUCAGUCACCAUGUCUCCCACGACACCUUGAGGAGCCAGAGGGUUAAAACGGAACAAAGGAACCUCAGCAGAUGCCAUUUUCCCACACUCCUGUAUUGUCUGAUAGAGUCAGAGCUUUGUUAAGAUUUUAAUUAAGAACAUGUUCUGAACAACUUCGAGAGAUAUCAGUCUUUUUUCUUUUUGUUAUUUAAGGGUAAUGGUAUUAUAUGUAAAAUGGAGGAUCGAAAGGAGGGUUUUCAAUAUGGUGUAUGUAUAUAGAUGAAGCAUUUUUAGUAUUGCACUUCUUUUUACUUUCUCAACGAUUUAUUGCAUUUUACCAUGAAGCCUUUGAAUUUUCUUAUGUAUAGCUGCAUCCUUUAACCUACACAAGAGUCUGGAAUAAUUUUGAAUGUUUUUCAAAGGUCUCUUAUGCUGCAUUUAUUUGAUUAAAAAUACAGUAAAAACAGAAAUAUUAUUACGAUUUAAAAUAACUAUUUUCUUUUUGAAUAUAUUUUAAA